AGACCAAUCAGAGUCUCCUACGAGGUUUGAUGACUCAGACAGGAAGUAGCUCAGAGACCAAUCAGAAAACAGUCCAGUUCAUCAAGAAGAAGAUCAGUGAGAAUCUGUCUGCAGAGAAAAGCAUCAACCUGUUCCACUGUCUGUAUGAACUGAAUGAUGGUUCUCUAGUGAAGGAGAUCCAACAGUUCCUGAGUUCAGGACGUCUCUCUAGAUAUAAACUGUCUCCUGCUCAGUGGUCUGCUCUGGUCUUCAUCUUACUGUCAUCAGAAGAAGAUCUGGAAGAGUUUAACCUGAAGAAAUACUCUCGUUCAGAGGAGGCUCUUCUGAGGCUGCUGCCAGUGAUCAAAGCCUCCAACAAAUCUCUACUUGAUCACUGUAAUCUGUCAGAGAGAAGCUGUGUAGCUCUGUCCUCAGUUCUCAGCUCUCAGUCCUCCAGACUCAGAGAUCUGGAUCUGAGUUACAACAAGCUGCAGGAUUCAGGAGUGAAGCUGCUGUGUGCUGGACUGGAGAGUCCACACUGUAAACUGGAGAGUCUCAG